CCCCUCCCGCCCCGGCGGCCCCGGCCAGCCCUCCGCCUUCUCCGCCGGCUCCCGCUUCAUGCCCGGCACCAUCUGGUCCUUCUCGCAAGCCCGGCGGCUCGGCCCGGGGCCCGAGACCACCCUGGUGCAGGGACCCGGCGUCUCCUGGGUCCAUCCCGACGGCGUGGGCGUGCAGAUCGACACCAUCACCCCCGAGAUCCGAGCCCUCUACAACGUGCUGGCCAAGGUGAAGAGGGAGCGCGACGAGUACAAGCGCAGAUGGGAAGAGGAGUACACGGUGCGUGUCCAGCUUCAGGACCGGGUGACUGAGCUGCAGGAGGAAGCCCAGGAGGCUGAAGCUUGCCAGGAGGAGCUGGCCAUGAAGGUGGAGCAGCUCAAGGCAGAGCUUGUUGUCUUCAAGGGCCUGAUGAGCAAUAACAUCACGGAGCUGGACACCAAGAUCCAGGAGAAGGCCAUGAAGGUGGACAUGGACAUCUGCCGUCGCAUCGACAUCACCGCCAAGCUGUGUGAUGUGGCACAGCAGCGGAACUGCGAGGACAUGAUCAAGAUGUUUCAGUCUCUGCACUUGUCUCCCGUUAAGGUCCCAGCCUCGGUGGGGCGGAAGCGGGAGCGCAAGCAGGUCAGCGACGAGGACACCUCGCUGUCAGAGAGCGAUGCCUCCCGGAAGCCUGACGAGGAGGAGGAGGACGAGACCACGGCCAUGAGUAUCAAUGAGGAAAUGCAGAGGAUGCUGAACCAGCUGAGGGAAUAUGACUUUGAGGAUGACUGUGACAGCCUCACAUGGGAGGAGACAGAAGAAACGCUGCUGCUGUGGGAGGACUUCUCCGGAUACGCCAUUGCAGCCGCAGAGGUGCAGGGGGAGCAGCAGGAUGACAGCCUGGAAAAGGUGAUCAAGGACACGGAGUCGCUGUUCAAGAGCCGUGAGAAGGAGUACCAGGAAACCAUCGACCAAAUAGAGCUGGAGCUGGCCACAGCCAAGAACGACAUGAACCGGCACCUCCACGAGUACAUGGAAAUGUGCAGCAUGAAGCGAGGCUUGGACGUGCAGAUGGAGACUUGCCGGCGGCUCAUCACCCAGUCUGGGGACAGAAAGUCUCCUGCCUUUACCCCGACCUCCAACAGCGAGUCAGCCCCAAAUGAGGAGAGCGAGGAAUCUGACCGUGAUCCCCCCAGCGAUGCUUCCAUCAGAUAAUGAGGGGAGGCCCAGCUCCCUUGGACCCCCUUCCUGGCACGGGGUUGCCUGAAUCACACCUGGGAGAGACUGUCAGGGACGUGGAACUGCUGGUAAACGUCUGUCGCCCAGGCUCACUCCCGUUUUGGGGUGCUUGACAGAUCCCACACACUCCCUCACUGGAUACCUUGCAAAUGGGAAUAGCUAGAUAGACCUGAGGGCCCUUGCCUGGGCUGCUCUGCCUUCAGCCCCUUCUCUAUUCCCUUUCCCUGCUUUGGUUAAACCGUGGUUCGGCAGGGAGGCUCCAAACCUGCCAUGGUGGCGUUCUGCAGGACCUGUUCCCAGGCGCCCCCAGACCCACCUCCUCUGGCCUCCGUCCUGGUACACUUGACCUGCCCCUGCCAUCCCUGCGCUGCACGGAGCCGAACGAGAGCCGUACCUCCCUGCAAACUGGACCUGACACUGGUGCCAACUGGACCGAGCCGGGGCUCUCCCUGUCCUUGCUGCCGGCUGGGCGCCUGGCUGGUCCUCACGCCGUGCCAGGCACCCCGAGCCUCCCACGCCUUCUCCAGGGCGGGGCCGAGUCCCACUCACUGUGCACUUUGCUUUGCCGCCCGUCGGCGAUGCGCUCACGUCUGUGUUACGGGGGCAAGGUCAUUAAAUGGGACAGUUUCCUUUUCUACAGCUUCGCUGGGUGUGGGCUCUCCCUGUGCUGCCGUGGGUGACGCCUGGCUUGAGGCAGCGCUGUCAUCCGUCAGACCCCCAGCCCACAUCAGCGGGGCUCCCCACGGGACAGUCCCAUCCCUUGGGCAUGCCAGGUGGGACUGGCGUAUGGGACAGUGGUGAGAGCCACUGGCCCUCAGCAGGCACUAGUGCUGCAUGGGCUGCCUUGUUUUUAACCUGGAACAUAAUCAAUGCAGAGGCUGAGGGAUUGAAAAUGAAACUGAUCCUGGCUUGUACCUUGUGAACCUUCCUCUUCCCAUUUCCUGCCCUCCUCUGCCGCACCAGGGCAUCCCAGUGCAUCUUCCUUCCUGGUCUGAGGUCCAUAUCCCACGUCAGUGUAACUGCAGUGGGGGAUCCCCUGUCCCAGCAUCUCUUGUAGCAUUUUCCUAGCUGGCUGCAGCACCUGCUCCUCUGAUGAUGAUGACAGGAGGCUGGGGCCUGGCUGGGUGUCAGGAGGGAGCAAGCAGCCUCCUGAGAGGCAGUGUGAUCACCAAGAAGUGGACACAGCCUGCACAGCCAAGGCAGGUGAAGCUCUGGAGAAAAAAUGCUUCCCACUUAAGGUACUGAAGGGAAGAGAAAGUACGUGGAAAAGUACGUAGAGUUUUUGGGUCAUCGCUGAGAUAGGUAUGGAAGAUAAAACAGAGGCUGAGGGAUGCAAGAGUUUCUCUCUGUGAUAUGGCCUAGGUGGCUGAUGCUGCUGGGUGCUCGAGCUGGGAGUGCUGUGGCAUCCAUGCACCCCAGCACAGUGUUUGUGUUUGGGCAGGGUGAGGUGCUCUGCCCGUGCCUGCACGAUGUGUUAAGGCAUGUGUUGGUAUUUCAGCAGGGGCUGAGCUGGCUGGUGAGAGCUGGCAGGGAGUCGAGUCCCUGCAAAUGGCAGAAGAAUUGAGCUGGAAACAGGGAAUCAGGGCACAGUGGAGCACUGCUGGUGCUGGGGAAUGGCAGUUCCUCAGUCUGUGGACUGAGGUUGGGCUGCUGGGGCUGGGCUGUGACUCCUGACUGCUCUCUUCACUUCUUGCAGGAAGUUGGGAGGUGUUCCACGGGAGCAGCAGGGUGCUGGGAAGCAGCAGGAGCCCUGGCUGUGUAGGUGUACAGGUAGAUGGGAAGUGCGUGCCUCAGUGCCUGCCAUGGCCCUCACCUUCAUGCCACUUUGUUCAACUGUUUCCAUUUCUUUCCCUCUUCUCUCUAUUUUUCUACCUAAAAGAGCUA